AUGGACAUCGAAGACCAAUUAGAUAACGAGUCGCUUCGCGAUCGCCAAGUUAGAAGGGUUUAUUUAAUUACAUACAGUCAAGUCAAUGCCGAUAUGUUUCCAACACGUGAGAGUUUCGUCAGCAUAGUUCAAGAUGCAUUUACUGCCUGUAAUGUACAGCUACUUCAAUGGGUAUGUGCAAAAGAAAACCACAAGCAGUCGGGAUUCCAUUUUCACAUGACCGUGAAGUUGUCCGAAAGGCACAGAUGGAUUAGAGUUAGAAAUUAUAUUGCACAGAAACAUCGCGUAAAUGUCAAUUUCUCCAAUCGACAUGACAAUUAUUAUUCCGCAUGGAAAUACACAACAAAGGAAGAUUUAGAAUAUAUUCAGUCAGAGGGCCAUCCUGAUCUUACUAACGCGCAACCACCCCAGACCACGCGAGCGAGUGCAGCAUGGCGCAGAGGGGCAAAGAGUGGCACAACACGACGAGGUGCAGGUAAAGCGAAAACCCGGAAGCGUCAACUGAGUGUUUACGAAGUUUCUCAACUAGUGGUGAACAAGAAAAUCAAGUCCCGUCUAGAACUUUUGUCUUUUGCGCAAGAACAACAAAGAGAAGGUAAAACCGACCUCGCCCAGUUCAUAGCCAACCGGGGCUCCAAGGCAGUCGACGAAGCAAUCCGAGUGGGGUGGGAGUUAAAAGAAGCACCAAGUCUGGUAGUUCGGUACCGGCAAAGUCGUUUAGAGCGACUUCAGGUAGCCUUUGAAGGAGAUUGCAUCUUAAAUUGCAACAAGAAAUGGCUAGACCUCGCAAAAAAUAUACUCAUGCGAAACAAUAUCGAGAUAUCUGAGUUUGUAGGGGCUGUGCGGUUACUACUAGAGAAAGGACGGGGAAAAUAUCGAAACAUUUUAGUGACAGGGCCAUCUAACUGCGGAAAAACUUUUAUUCUAAAUCCAUUGAAUGUAAUCUACGACACAUUUAGUAACCCUGCUAGUACAAGCUUUGCGUGGGUUGGAGUCGAGAGUUGUGAAGUAAUAUUUUUGAAUGAUUUCCGAUGGUCAGCGCAGAUUAUUCCUUGGCAUAAUCUCCUAUUGUUGCUCGAGGGACAGAUGGUACGCUUUCCAGCACCGAAGACGCACUAUGCUCAAGACAUUGUCUUUGAAAAAGAUGCCCCAAUCUUCGCCACAGCCAACGAGCACUUCAGCUUUGUGCGAGGGGGUGCAGUUGACUGCGUUGAAACGGGGAUGAUGAGAGUCAGAUGGCGUUGCUUUCAGUUCUUCUCGCAAAUCCCGCAAGAUGAACAAGUGGAUAUCCUAUCAUGUCCGCGUUGCUUUGCAGAGUUUAUUCUUCAUUGAAUAUUUGAACUGUCUAUGUUUAUCGGACAUACGUUUUAGCAAAAAAUGCAUGCUAUUAGCAUACUAAUCAAAUGCAUGCAAUCAGCAUACUAAUCAGUGUUCAUAUGUGCACGUGCAUGACGGGUUACCAUUUAAAAAUCUCAAAAUUACAUAUUUUGUUUCUCUUCUACAAAGUUUGUUGACUAAUUCACUUAACCACUACAACUUAUUCAACAAAUGCUGGAAUUUUGAAACGAUUUGAAGCGUUGUAUACGCAGAAUAAACGACGGAUCACCACGGUGAUCCGAAGAUAUAUGAGAGAAUAUAUAUGAUGUAAUAUUAAUUCUUUUGGUUUGAACGGGUCACCGUUACACAAUCAGCUCGUAUUACGUUAGUUUCUUAAAAAAAAUGGAAAUGUUAACUUUACCAUGGUACCACGGUACAAACCUCAGAUGUUAUGUAUUUAAUGUGUGGCCAGCGUACUCUCUUGAGUUGUUUUGACACUUGUUUUAGACAGUGACCCGUUAUGGUGAUGCGUUAAUUAUUCAGAAUCGUGCAUUUCCGGGUGGGUUCAUGGGCUGUCUGAACAAUUAUGCUUUAUACCUGACACAGAGAUGGUAUACAUAA